AACGAUAAACUUCACUUGCGUGAAGGGUACAUUGCGCAAUUAUUAUUUCAAUUCUAAACGUUGAAUAAGAUAAUUAGAUUUAUACACAAUACCCGUUCGCAAAAAAUGACAAGUAAUUCUACUUCCUAUGUCUAUACGUCUAUUUGCUUUUGCAGAGCCAUGCGACUAGUGGCAGUGCUGAUGUUGCUGUGCUGUCUGGCGAUAGGGGCACUCGCCUCGCCGGUGCCCAAGAUCGCUGACAGCAAGGUGUCGACUCAGAAUGUUGUUGCGACCGGGAGGCAAGCGUCCGCGGCGCCAGCCGCCACCGACGAUGAUGACGACGACGACGAUGACGACGACGUUGAUUUAGAUAUCACUGACGACGACGACGACGACGACGACGACGAUGACGAUGAUGACGACGACGACGACGACGACGAUGAAGGCGAUUAUUUGGAGCGUUUCAUCGAAGAUAUACUUGGAGGAGAGGACGACGAUGAUGAUGACGAGGACGAAGCCGCUUCACCGGCACCCGUCGCAUCCGCCGUAACGCCUCCACCCACCCCCGUCAAUUCGCCGCAGGUGCCGCUCGCCGUGGCGGCUGAUCUGAAUCAGGCUGGCGAGGAAGCUGCGGAGGAUGCCGCGUCGAGUGAGACGGCCGAGGACGAUACCGGCAGUUACGAGGAUGAGGAGGCGAGCGACACCGAGGGUCAGGCAUCCAGCAUUCACGAGUCGACGCUCGAAGGUGCCGAGUCCGUCUCGAAUCCGGUAUCAGUCCAGGCCGUUGGGGUUUCGCCCGGCGGCGUCGCGGCGGCUGCUCCGGCCAGCGACGAGGACGACGACGAUGACGAUGACGACGACGACGAUGAUGUAGAUCUAGACAUCACGGACGAUGACGACGACGAUGAUGAUGACGACGAUGACGACGACGACGACGACGACGAUGACGACGACGAAGUGGAUGAUAUCGCCGACAUCGCCGACGCUAGGCACGCACGUGGCAUGGACUCCGAAUCGAGUGGUCACGUGCCAGCGAUUUAUGUGGCAAAAUACAAUCGUUUCGUCGACAAUAUUCUCGGCAAGAUCAACAAUAUUCUGCGUGCCAAUUACGAGCCGGUGACUGUAAAACUGACGAAUUCAAAUUCAAACUCCAAGACGAGCAAGAAUAAAAACAAGUCUAAAAGGAAGGGCACCAAGAAUGGCACCAAGAAGAGCGCCUCAAGGCCGAUUGAUACGUCCGCUGUCACUGAAAGGAGUGACAAUGAAAAUGACGUCGAGAAAGCCACGCAGACCAUUGAAUCUGUCGUAACGCAAAUAAGCGAGACAAAAAAAGAACCGAUUUCACUGGAAUCUCCCACAGAAACCAGCGUGAGAUCUAGCCACAGACGUACGUCCAACAAGAACAACAAGAACUCUAACAAGAACCGCAAACGAACGAAGAACAAGACGAAGAAUCAAAGCAAUAACAAGAACAAGACCAAGUCUAAGAGCAGACCAAAAGCAAAAGCCACUCUGUACGGAUUGGCGUCCCUGCAGAGGACAGGCGACGUAUCGGUCAACAUGAUGAGCGAUCACACGACAAUAAAGACCAAGUUCAGCCUGGGACCGCUGGUGCUAAAGGUCGAGAAGGAGUUCGGCAGGGCCGCGAAGAAGGAGUUGAGAAGUGCGACCGCCACUACGGCCGAGAUGUCUGGCAAGCUGAGCCUGCGUGUGUUACACGGCGGUGCAGCGACACUGCAUUCUAUUCGGGUUUUGCAACCUAAACAGGUUCGAGUGGAAAGCCAGGACGACCACGACAGAACGCGGGAGUUUGUGUGGAAGAGAUCGUCGCAUAUCGCGCAUUUGGUGUCGCAGAAACUUUCCUCGGCCACCAGGUCAAUGCUUCGACCGCCGCCUGUCUCACCUGCAGCUUAAACGACAUACUCCUGCCGCUCCUUAGUCCAACUGAAACCGUCAGUAAUCACUGAUCGAAGUGAGAAGCGAUCCAUGAGGAAUCCUCUAUCAAGGAUCCAAUGCAACGCGCAUAUCGUUUGACGGGUUUAUACAUCUAUCAUCGAGUCGCGCGCGAAAGCUGCGCGAUAACUUCGGCGGAUUAAUCGUAAUUGGAUUCUUAUUAAUAAAUCGAUUUUUUUUACUCGCGAGAGAAAGUAACAUUUGAAAACGCAUACACGGUGUCCCACUUAUACUGCGUUAUUUUUUUUUAAUGACAGAUCGCUCGAUCAAUUCGGAAUCAAUUUUUCCUCGAGAGAAAUGUCGAGGCAUCAAUAAUUCCUCAAUUAACAAUUAAAAAUUAAGUUUCUGGCGAAGUUUCUGGCGAACUGAUAAUGAGCUGCAGCAAAAAAAUCUGACCAAAAAAUGACAAAAUUACAUUCGAUUAAUAUAUUUUAAUUAAUUCCACGUGGCUUUAGGUCUGUAGGUGCUAAAGAUAAAAAUUACAAUCAAUGCUAAUUUCUCUCAAAUAUUUUCGCUAAGGAAAAAUUGAUUCUCGAAAGAUUUUGAAAUGCGGCAGAAGAGGGACAUCUUACAUACGAGUUUCACGUUGGACGAAUUUCAAUCGUACUUUAUUUAUUGUUUAUUUAUUUAUUUAUUUGUCAUAUAGUUUGUAAUUCGUCUUCAGAAAGUCUGAUAUAUGUAUUCUAGGAAUGCGGUUAAAUGUCGAAACACGUAGAUUGCAAGCCAUUAUUUGAAAUAGGACGUUCUGUUUAGAUAAUUGUAAACAGAAAUCUAUUGCCAGAAUAUUAGAAUAUAAAAUGUAUACACGACAA